GCGGAAGUGAGACGCCGGAAGCGGCCGUUGCUAUGGAUCCUGAGGAGGACUGGCUGGUGGAAUCCUUGCGCUUGUAAAUCAUGCGGGGCUGGGAGACGGGAGCUGGGUCCGAAUCUGGCCUGGCGGGCGGAUGGGUGCAGGUGGAGGCACGUUGGAGAUCCUGGUGCACAGUGGGCCAGCUGUGGCCUCGGGGCUCUCGGCGACGGAGGACUCCGCCUAGGCCUAGGCCCCCAUCUUUAGGAAAUGGCUCCUUCCUGCGUGCGCGUGUUGUGAGAUUACUAGUAAGAGCCUAGCUUGUGAAGAAGCAGUGCCCAGUUAGUUUGCGCCAGCCUCUGAGUUCAGCUCAGAACACAGAUGACCUCAUUGAUUCCUCAUGUCAACCUUGGGAAAUCUGGGUACCCAGGGAGGUCCACACAUGAGGACAGAGGCUCAGGGACAUCAACAGACUGGCCUGGUCCCAGAAACAGGGAGUAAAAUGCGAAGCAAACUCGGUCCCACGUCUUCCCGACUCCAGAGCUUGGGCCACUGAACCAUGCGGCUGCCAUCUUGGAGUUAUCUGAGCUGUGAAGUGCUGUGCAUCGUGUGAUUUUAUGUCCCUUUUGUGCAGGUACCAGGAUUUCUAUGCAUUCGACCUCUCAGGAGCCACUCGAGUCCUUGAAUGGAUUGAUGACAAAGGAGUCUUUGUUGCUGGUUAUGAAAGCCUGAAAAAGAAUGAAAUUCUUCAUCUGAAAUUACCGCUCAGACUUUCUGUAAAGGAAAACAAGGGCUUAUUCCCAGAAAGAGAUUUCAAAGUGCGCCAUGGAGGAUUUUCAGACAGGUCUAUCUUUGAUCUAAAGCACGUGCCACAUACCAGAUUGCUGGUGACUAGUGGCCUUCCAGGUUGUUAUCUGCAGGUGUGGCAAGUUGCAGAGGACAGUGAUGUCAUUAAAGCUGUCAGCACCAUUGGUGUGCAUGAGAAAGAGGAGAGUCUCUGGCCUAGGGUGGCUGUCUUCACCUCGAUGGCACCUAGAGUCCUCCAUGGGGCGAGACUCCGCAGUCUGCAGGUCGUUGAUCUGGAAUCCCGGAAGACCACGUACACCUCAGAUGUCAGUGACAGUGAGGAGCUGAGUAGCCUGCAGGUCCUAGAUGCAGACACCUUUGCCUUCUGCUGUGCUUCGGGCCGGCUGGGGCUUGUUGACACCCGCCAGAAGUGGGCACCGUUGGAGAAUCGCAGCCCUGGCCCUGGGUCUGGUGGAGAGAGAUGGUGUGCUGAAGUUGGGAGCAGGGGCCAGGGCCCUGGGCCCAGCAUUGCCAGCCUUGGCUCAGAUGGGCGUCUUUGUCUUCUUGACCCCCGGGAUCUCUGCCAUCCUGUGAGCUCAGUCCAGUGCCCAGUAUCCAUACCUAGCCCUGACCCAGAGCUGCUACGAGUGACUUGGGCCCCAAGCCUGAAGAAUUGCUUGGCCAUCUCAGGUUUUGAUGGUACAGUCCAGGUCUAUGAUGCCACAUCUUGGAAUGGAACGCAGAGCCAAGUAGAACCUCUCUUCACUCACAGAGGUCACGUCUUCCUAGAUGGAAACGGGACGGACCCUGCUCGUUUGGUCACCACCCACACCUGGCACCCCUGCAGACCAAGGACUUUGUUAUCAGCAACAAAUGAUGCCUCUUUGCAUGUGUGGGAUUGGGUGGACCUUUGUGCCCCCUGCUGACACCAGCAUCUUUCCAUCCAGGCCUCUAGAAAGGGGAGGAGCUGCUGUAGUAGCAAGGCUACUGAUGUAGGACUCAAGUGACUGCCAGUCCCUGUUACCAGCUGUGUGGCCUUGGGCAAGUAUACCAGCGUCACUGAGCCUCAGGUUCCUUAUCUGUAAAAUGAGGAUAGUAAGAACUACCUCGUAUUGAUAUUGUGAAGGUUAGAAGAAAUGCAUGGUGUAACUACUUGGUAGCUACUGUUACAUCUGGGAGUGUAAAAUGGCAGUGUUUUGUCCCUGUCUUCACACUAGCAUAGGGAGAAUCGAAAGAGCUAACAAACAUGCUUUGUGAAUUUUUUUAAAGAAAAAAAUGUAGAGGGGCCAAUAAACAUAAAAAAAUCCCAGCCCUAGUAGCAAUUAAAGAAAUAGCAAAACA